AUGUCCAUAAAUGAUUUCAACCUCCUAAACAUAGAGACUUGUGUUCUCAAAGUGCAGAUACAUUGUCAUGGGUGUAGGCAGAAAGUGAAGAAACUACUGAAGAGAAUUGAAGGAGUUUAUAUAGUAGAUGUGGAUGCAGAGCAACAAAAGGUCACUGUUACAGGGACUGUAGAUUCUGCUACUUUAAUCAUGAAGUUGGGCAGGUCUGGUAAGCAUGCAGAGCUUUGGACUAACCAAAACCAAGAACAUUACAGCAAAGGAGAUAGGGUCCAGAACCAGAUGCAGUGUCCAAUCAGAGGCCUAAAAGCCUCCGAAAGCCACCCUAUGAUGUGGCCUACAAGUGGUGGAGAGGUUGAAGACGAGUUGGGCUAUGGCUAUGAGAGAUAUCAGAACCAGCAUCUAGGAAAGGAGGCUAUGACAAGUGAGACUGAUCAGAACACUGAUGGAUAUACAAUUGUUGGCGAUGACUAUAUUCAAGAUAACAUGAACUCCAUGAUGGGAUUUGAAGGCUUUCAAGACAACUGUGCUGGUUUUCAACGUUUUCAAGGCAAUGGUUAUGGUGGGCUACAAAGUCCCUAUGGAGGGUUGCCAAGUUUUGGAUAUUAUCAUCCAUCAUCAUACAUGAUGGUGAACAACAUGCAGGGAUACAAUUAUCACCAUCCAUCUCAGAUGAUGGGGAAGAACACUGACCUGCAGGACAUGAGUAUCAAUGGCAACAUGAUGAUGCGUGACAACAUAUACAUGCAUCAACCUCAGAUGAUGAAUCAUAUACCUUUCAGAUUUCCUUACAACACCUACUAUUAUUAG